UCAAAAUAUUUAGAAUUGCGCAUUGACAACGACAGUAUAACCUCGACAAAUAUGUCAGGCCAAAAGAUAAAAAAUUAAAUAAAUUUCACAAGAAAUCUUCAAUUAAUAUGUUAAAUUAACAAGUAGUACUGUAACCUGUAAAAUGAAAGACGAUGUGGAAUUCGACGAGUUUUGUGAUCCCAGUAAUCCCCGGAAGAUUCAUUAUGAUGACAUUCUUGCCGCCUCGAAAAGAAUCGUCGGGGCUGUGGUUAAAACACCGUGCACGAAAGCACACAUAUCUGAUCGGCUAGGCAUGGAAAUUUACCUAAAACAAGAAUUCAUGCAGUACACUGGAUGUUUCAAGGAGCGUGGGGUGAGGAAUACCUUGAUGCUGUUGAGUGAUGAGCAGAAGAGAACUGGUGUGAUAACAGCUUCGACUGGCAAUCACGGAUUGUCCAUGAGCUAUCAUUCGCAAUUGAUGGGAAUUCCGUGCAUUGUUGCGAUGCCGGUUCAUGCUCCGAUCACAAAAAUAUCUAAAUGCCAACAAUUCGGUGCCAAUUUGUUGAUGCACGGGAACAACAUAGGAGAAGCGAAGCGAUACGCUAUGGGCAUUGGAAAGGAAAAGAAAUUGAGAUAUGUGAAUGGAUACGACCAUCCACAUGUAGUCGAGGGACAGGGAACGAUCGGUAUUGAGAUAAUCGAACAAGUGCCGAAUGUAGAUGCUGUAUUAGUUCCUGUUGGUGGAGGCAGUCUAUGCGCUGGCAUUGCUGUGGCUGUCAAACAUCUGAAACCUGACGUUGAAAUUUAUGGAGUUCAAACUGUAAAGACAUGCAGUAUGGUUGAGUCACUCAAAAAGAAUGAAAGAACACCAAUUUUAAUCGAAGCUACAAUAGCCGAUGGUUUGGCUGUGAAUUUAGUCGGUGUUAAUACGUUUUACAAUUUAAAAGGAAUGUUGGAUAAAAUGGUGGUAGUUAAAGAAGAUUGGGUUGCUCGUGCCGUGAUGCACAUCGUGGAAGAAGAGAGGUUUGUUGUGGAGGGCGCCGCAGCUGUUAGCGUCGCUGCUAUCAUGGCAGGACUUUUCCCAAAUCUAAAAGGAAAAAAAGUGGUGUGUAUUCUAAGCGGGGGCAACAUAGAUACCACGACGCUCGCCCGUGCCCUUGAAAGAGGAAUGGCAGCUGAAGGUCGUCUUGUCAAGUUCAAAGUAACGGUGAGCGACCGACCCGGCGGCAUGGCGGAGAUGUGCGGGCUGCUGGCAAACUUGGGAGUUUGCCUGCGAGACUGCAUUCCCGAGAGAGCUUGGGUCAAGGGAGACAUAUUCAGUUGUGAGCUUAAAAUAAUUGCUGAAACAAGGGGCUGGGAUCACACGAAGGAAUUAGUCGAGACUAUUAAGAAAUACUACAAAGACUGUUUCUUCCAUGAGUCGGCGGAGAAAUCUGAUAAGGGCCCCGGAGCAAGACGCGGCCCUUGUCUUGCACCCAACCCUAUUUGUAUGCAGAAAUAAAAAACCUAUAUAUUGUAACUGGCGUUAAAUAGUGAAUUGUAAAUUUUAUCAAAAUAAACUAAAUAUAAUAAGUGUU